AUGCCAUUGACAGGUCCUUAUCGGCGUGUAGGAACUGUUGUUCUAUUUGUUCAAAGGAAUCUUGCAGAUUUAAUAAAAGCGGAAGAGCGGCUGAAAAUCCGAAAGGGAGAGCUGAGAAAUGACGUGGCUUUGGAUCGACCGUUGUAUGAUUCAUCAGUUCCGAAGGCUCAUUCUGAAAACAUCACAGUGAAAGCUUACAAAUUGCUAAUCAAUGCAAAAUGCUUUAAUGAUAGGCAGAAGCGUCGCUGGCUACCUGUAGUUAAAGGCCAAAUAAUAUAUGGGACAAAUUCAGUUCGUGAAGCCCUGAACGCAGAUCGUCGUCAGGUUUACAAACUUUAUUUCAAAAGAAACUUUUUACUUGGAAGAAGGGAAGAUGUCAGAAAGAAGCUGCUGGAAGAAAUCUUGUCGGUUGCCGAGUCAAAAGACAUUAGGAUUAAAGAGCUCAGCACUGAUCAGUUAGACGCCCUCUGCGGAUACCAACUUCAUAACGGCAUUUGCAUUGAUGCUACUCCAUUACAGUUUGAGAAACUGGACCAAAGGGACCUAGUUUCCUCAAAGUCACUGCUGUUUCUUGACAACGUUUUGGAUACCUCUAACAUUGCUGCUAUAGCUCGCACUUGUGUCUUUUUUAAUCUCGACGGAAUUGUGAUGUCUGAGAAUGCUGGACCAAAGACGAUUACACCAGCGAUGAGCAGGUCAAGUUCUGGAGCAAUAGAGUGCUUUCCUUUAUACAAAGUUUCUGAUGCAACAACUUUACUUGAAAAUGCAAAAAAUCUGGGUUUUGUUAUUAUCGGUGCGUCCGAUGAAGCUUCAGCUGCGGAGCGUAACGUGAAAUGUGCGAAGUCACUUGAAAAUUUGGAUACCUUAGACCAAAAUCAAAAAUUUAUACUUGUUCUAGGAAACGAGCAUACCGGGAUAAGCGAAGAAGUUUUAAAAUUCUGCAACUAUAUAGUUUUUAUUCCAAAAUUGGGUAGUAAUUACUCCCAAACCCUUAACUCCCUGAACGUUUCUGCUGCAAGUGCAAUCCUUCUGUACCAAAUGCGCGUGGGACUAAGGCGCAGAAAGUCUUAG